AUGUUCACGGUGGGCCUGAUCGGAGGUGGCGAUUCGAAUCCACAGAGCGUACAGUCAAAUCCACAGAGCUUAGAGUCUAAUCCUCAAAGCUUAGAGUCGAAUCCACAGAGUGAAGAUUCGAAUCCACAGAGCGAAGAGUCGAAUCCUCAGAGCUUAGAGUCGAAACCACAGAGCGAAGAGUCGAAUCCACCGACAAAGUGCGAUAUCUAUCAACUAAUUAAGUCAUUUCCUAUUCCAAUUAAAGGAAAUUUUAAAAAGAUACGGGAGAAAUUUUCCGGUGUACCGCCAGGUGCUGAUCCUUCUGAAUACACAAAAUAUAAACUUAAGGAUACUAUGGAUCCUAUCAACAAAAAAUCUAUCGGAUCUGUCAUUAUGCCUAUGCAUCAGAUUUUUAAUAACCCGAAUAUAUCAAUUACUCCUAGUUCACCGUUAGUGAAACAACCUGCAAUAACCAGCCGACCAUGGACUGUGCCAGCUGAGUGUUCACCUCCGGUUUCAAUUGUACCUGUGUCUUGUGAGCAAGACAAAUCGGCGCCAAAUAGUAAAGAAACUCAAAAAAGUAAUAAAAGAACUGCCUCAUAUCCAAUUUCUAAUCGGGCAAGUAAAAAGCCUAGAAUCUCUAUUACUAAACUGCCAAAGCUAGUAAGAUUACAAGCCUAUUAUAUCAAACCCGGUUGUAAAUCAUCCAAUAAAGAAAAGGAUACAAUAGUUUCUAGUAUUAAUGCAGCUACAUUAAUCCCUUCAACGUCAAACGCUGUUAUCCGAUCAUCUCCCGAAAUCAUCUCUUCUCUAAAGGAUUUAACAACAACUAUCAAAACCAGAAUUGAAUUGUAA